CACACGUUCGUUUCCGUAAAAUACGAAGGCAAAUCUCUUCGUACUACAUCUGUAUCGCGGUGACCGUAGAUUUUUAUAACUUACUUCUUAUUGCAAUAUUCCAGAUGAAACUUUAUUAUCGAGCAGUUUGGUUUAUUUUUGUGUAAAAAUUUUCGUAUGUCGCAAACGCGUCGAACGUUAUUUGCAUCUAUCGUCUAUCAAACUUGAGUUGAGUUGUGUUUACAACACUGUAGGCUGCAUCGAAACUAAACAAAACGUAAAUAAAAUUAAUAUUUUUGAAAAGAAAUACAAGUAAAACGCUAAAUAGUCUGUUUUACUAUUGUUGGUAUUCUUUUUCAGUGUAUUAUAUGUAAAGGAAAAGACUGUUCAACUAAAUUUUGUAUGUUGAAAAUGUAAAUUUAAUAUAACUUCGAAAGGUUCAGUGUAAAAUCAUUAAUUAUUAAUUACUCAAAGUGUAAAAUUGGGAUUUAUAUGAUAAAUCUGAUACAAUACGGUUGCUAUUGCAGCGCUUGUAUUACAUAAAUAGAAAACAAUGCGGAAUUACGUGAGAAAAACGAACCGGGGUAACACUCCCCAAAAACUGAUGCAGGCAGCCGCUUAUGCCGUCUUGCACGAGGGGCAGACCCUCCGAACGGUAGCGAAGGCCGUCAACAUCUGCCACGCCAGCCUCUUCCGCUUCAUAAAGAAACUCAAGUCUGGCGACAACCCUACCGUUGGCUACAAACCUCGACUACUCUUCAGUGCAUCACAAGAACAUGAAAUUGUAAAACAGCUGGCUAAGUACGCUAAAGUCUACUCCGGAUUAUCUAUGGACGAAGUCAGGAGACUGUCCUGUCAACUUGCAAAGCGAUGGAAGUAUGUUAUACCUGAGGCUUGGGUUAAGAAUAAUACGGCUAGCAAAGAAUGGGCUGAAAAGUUUGUUAAAAGGCAUAGUUUUCCUUUAAAACCAGUAAAAGGGAAGGCAAUGAAAAAUUUCUACAAUAUGCUUCAUGACUUACUACAAAAACACAAUUUCCUACCAUCAAGGAUUUACUAUUUAGAAGAAAUUACUGUUCCAAUAGCAAAAUACAUUUCUGACCCAGACUCAACAGAUGUGAAACCGGUGUCUAUGGAAUUGGCUGUGAAUGCUUUAGGAGAUAUUGUGACUCCCAAGUUUAUGAUGAAUAACGAGGACUACAAACUGAAGGACAGAACAAAUAUUUGUAUAGAAAGCAAAACAGAAAUACUUAACACUAGAGAUUUGAGAUACUUCGACCAUUUCAUAGAUUGUACUAAGCCGAGCGCAGAUAGUCCUAUUCUGUUACUAAUAGAUAAUUGUCAGUAUAUUGAUGUGAAUGUUUUGAAGAAGGCAGCUCAAAAUUCAGUUAUUCUACUUUGUGUUCCGAAGUGUGAAGUUGCUAUGAAACCGCUAUUGAAGUUAGCUAAGUUUAUAAAGAGACCUAAGAAGCAGGAGCUGCUGUCGAAAGCUGAGUGUGACAUAUUGGACAUUGUCCGUACCAUGUUGCCGUCGAGGAAGGAGGUAGUGAAGUGUUUCCAUGACAACGGAGUGUGGCCAUUCAAUCCAACAGUUGUUACCGGAGAAGAAUUUGUACCAGAAACUGUUGCAGAGUGUAAUUAUAUAAUGGGUCGUAAAAAGAACGCUGUUAAAAAAAUGGGCAAUCACACGGAAGAUGAAAUGAGAACUGCGCUCAACCUCAUAAAGUCUGGCUCGAGCAUUAGACAAGCCAGUAUCCUCUGUGGAUUAAGUUUCGCCACCGUACGCAGAUACGUAGCUGAAAUGAAGAAGAAUGACGGCCAACCUAUCCGCUUGACUCCGAAUUACGAAGUCAACAAAAUAUUCACCACCGAAGAAGAGGAACAUCUGGUGAAAUAUAUUAAAAAAGGAGCGGAAAAUUUCAAAGGAUUGACUGUAGAAGGAUAUUCUCCAAGAGAUUGCAGAAGACUUGCUUAUGAAAUAGCGAGAAUUAUUAAUAAAAAAAUACCUCAGUCUUGGGUGAAGGCGAAAAUGGCGGGUGUUGACUGGUUCAGAUCUUUUAGGACUAGAAACGAGCUUUUAUUCGAGAAAAGAAAGGCGGGGGAUAUAAUUAGAGAAACUGUCUUCGAUGUUGAUGACAUGGAAAAGUUUUUUGGACAUUUGAAAAUUGUUAAGCGGGAGACGGUGAACGAAGCGCCAGCACAGCCUCUGCCCGGCCCCAGCAGUAUUCCUGCUACGCAAAUCUCGGGUACCAACACAUUACCCAGACAAGACGCUCCCAGUGGUACAAUCGACCAAUGUCGCUUCUGCGCCGCGUUCACAAAAUGCGCUCCCAUCUCGGACAAACCAUAUCUCUCCAACAGCACCACUUUAGCUUUCAACGAUAUCAGUGUAAAACUGGACUUCAACGAUGAAACUUUACCUAAAACUGUUUGUCAAACUUGCGAUAAAAAACUUAAAGCAAUGCACGAUUUUGUCAAUCUUGUAAAAUCAGCUCAAGGAGCGCUGAUCAACAUUGAAACAAGACCAGUCAAUGUAGAAGUAGAACAAGGAGAAGAUUUCGAAACUUUAAUCGUUAAAACUGAAUGUGAUGACGAUGAUGAAAGUAAAGAUGGAAUAAUAGAUUCUGUCACAGUUGAAGAAACUGUGUUCAUCAAAGAUGUGCCUACAAAAAGGAAAAAUAGUACAGAUAGUACUAAAACUGCAAAAGUGAAGAAAGCUAAAGUUACUGAAGAAGAAAAUGAGUUAACCAUUAAUAUUAAGGAAGAAGUUAUUGAAAGAGACGCAAAUGAUGAAAAUACAGAGUGCUCUCUUAGUGAUGUAGGACGUUCUAUUAGUAAUACAGGUUCUGUUGCUGAUACAGGAUGUCCUGUCAGUAAUAUAGAGUGUUCUAGUGAUACAAUGACGGAUGUUAAACCCAGUGAAGUGGAACUUGCGACAAGUGCUUUAGUUUUUGAAAUGAGAAGUGACGGUAGUGGAUUUGGGUAUAGUUAGGGAAGCAGAAGUGAUUAUUUUCAAAGUCUUUCACUUGUCACUUGGUGUUAGUUUAUAAGGUAACGAAGUUAAUUUUUAGUUAUGCUGAUUGAUCGAUUUUUCUCAUUUUAUACUGGUAAAGGACAUUUUAUUUUCAUGAACAAUUUGAUUUCAUAUUUUUUUAAUUUUUAAAUCUGUGACUGAGAAAGCAAAAAUCACGAUGUUUUUUGUUAUUUCGAAUUUAUAUUUCUUUCUCAAUGUGGAAGACUGUCUAAGGUACAGCGGGGCAAAUCUCGACUGGGUGGCAAUUAUAAAUAAUCCAUUUUUUCCAUUAUUACACUAUGAUGUUGAGUUCUACAUGUAUCCACUGAACACGUCUACCAUAUAUAACCGGUGGACACUCUAUUUAAAAAUGCAAACAUGGAAAAAUGAACCAGUUAUAUUUGCCCCCCAGUCAAUAUUUAUCCUGCUGCACCUUACAAGUUUUUCGGUACUUUCAAAAGGUUUUUAACUCGUACUAAAUCAUUUGUUACAAAGUUCUGAAGAGAAGGAUGAGAAACUCUUCUUUUACUGUAACAAUCUUAUCCACAUUGAACUUAUUAGACCGAUUUAUGAGGUUUUUUUUUUAUGUUAUUAAUGUUUUUUUUUUUUCAAAUUGUGUUUGUAAUUUCAAACAUCAUUGAGAUUAUUGUUUGUAAGAAACACUCAACUUUCAACUUUUUGUA